GAAAGAAAUUGGAAAUUUCUUUUGAACUACAUAACUACCAUACAACAAUGCAAUUGUUAGUUUACUUAAAUACUUAUUGAGUUGUAGUGAUAGAAGAUUCAUUAACCAGCCCUAAUACACAACAGAACAACAUCUAUUUCAAAUAAAAUGUCAGAAGAAAACACUUCAGACACUGCGCCCCCAGUGAAAGUUGAAACUGAUCUCACAUUCGGUCUCGAGCUCGAAUUUAUUUUAGCUACAGUAGAUGCAGAUAAGCAUGAUCCCCACCCCAAAGAUCCUCGCGAGGUGGAUGGUAAAAAUCUCAAUAGCAUAUAUAACAUCGACCAAGACAUCUGUAAGAAACUAAGAGCUGUUGGUAUCCCAUCAGUUGUUUUGGGAGAUGAGACUACGGAAGAGGAAUCCAAAACGUGCUGGCUCUUGAAAGGCGACAUCACCGUUGGCGAUGACAAGGCCUUUCCAGACAGGAUACCUAAAGAGUGGAACGAGCUCUACACGAAAAAUGGCAUGGAGAUAGUUUCUCCUCCAUACUACUACAGUGAGUCUGCGAAAGAUACUAUCACUAAGGUGUUGAGAACGAUAAGACAAAAUUGCAGAGUAUGUGUUGACCACACCGCAGGCUUACAUGUCCAUGUAGGUAACUCGUAUAAUGGUCUCCAAUUCCCAAUCCUGAAGCAGCUUUUUGCAAUUGCGUAUACAUAUGAGCCACAAUUAAUGUUAAUGUUUCCAUCGGAGCGUGUAUCGAAUAAUUUCUGGUGCCCUCCUCUUUUCCAGUCUCGUUCUAGCCGAGAGAACCCUGGCCUCACACGAGCCCAGAUUCUUGAGAAUAUUUUAGAAUAUCCCGAUAACAACUCGUUGCUCAACAAUUUUGGCGAAUCAUUAGAUUUAGGCCGCCUCGCGUUCAAAUUAGCAGGUCUAGGAACUCCUUACCAAGAUGGAAAACGCACCAUCGAAUUUCGACACCACCAUGGCUCUCUUGACCCUGAGGCUAUUCUGAACUGGGUACAAGUUUGUGUCAAGUUUGUAGAAAAGGCAUGUUUUGCCAAAAGUGAUGACUUGUUCACGCAAUUACGACAAGAUGUCUCAAAGCCAAUCGGGUUUAGUGAAGGAGAUCUUGGUGCGAUUGACUUCCUCAUGUGGCUUGGCUGUCCCGCUCAAGCCUACUAUUAUGGUAUCACCAUGAUAACAAUGGACAAGAAAGCGUUUGAAAAGAGGAUCCAAGAUGAUGCAGCAUGUCGUGAAAAUUUCCUCAAGUGGGCUAGCGCUAAUCUCAUCAGGCUCGCCAAGGAGGCCGCCGAGGCGGCUGCAGCAGGGGCGGGAAAGGAUAGCUCCGAAGAAUCAGAGUCAACUACAAAUAGCGGCGAAUCCGCAGAUAAAGUCGAAGAUGACCAAGAAGAGGGCAGUAAUGAGAGCGGCGAUAGCGGCGGAACUUCAUCCAAUUCAAACAAAAAUGAGUCGUGAUAAGAAUUUCAUUGCCUCCAUUCUCGUUUGUCCCUUAAUACAGUCGGUGGUCAGCGUAAAGUCGAGCAAAUAACUAAAUAACAAACAAUAUGAAACACGGCAAAAUACUCUCAUGUCCCCCAAAUGUCAUUUAAUUACUCUUAUGCCCUGAAAUUGGAAGAUGAUUUACUCCAAACAUUUCUCAUUGGUAUUCCAUCUUCAAUUGUUUUCAGAAUGAAUAUUUAAUGUUGGUUGAAUCGCCUCGUGGAAGUUACGUGGAGUGUGGUUGAUUGCCUAUGACGAGUUGCAUAAUAGUUCUACAAAUUGUAUUUUGAUGAAUUUAAAGCGUGAUCUUUGUGAUGAUGUAUGAGCUCUUGGAAAUCUUAAAAUUAAAGAUCUCAGCAGUCGGAACCAUGAAUAUCGAGAAGUAGCUA